AGCAAAAAGCAUAUGGUCUGACUUAAGCUUUGUGAAAUUAUGCUACAUAAAACAUCAGCAAGAACCAGAAAACAACAGACGUGCUGCAUGAGAACGCUGAUUCACUGUCUGACAGCAGAUGGCGUUUAUGGAACAGCAGCGAUACAGCACUUCCCUUCCCUUCUGUAAACAAAGCGGCAUUAUGCUUCUAAAUACUACCCCCAACUUUAUCAUGAUUCGAUGAAUAUCUCAACUGACUUGAAUUGUUACUUUUGUAUUGAUUUUCAACUGGCUUGGGACUACAUCGUUACAUCCCUAAUAAAUGUAGCCUUGGUAAGCAUAAAGUUUACAUAAAAUAAUUUACAAAAACAAAUGAAGCUAUUCAUUUUUUAGAAAGUACUGAAUGAAAUCAGUUCCCAACACAUGACAGGCAGAAAGUAAGCAAAUACUUCUUCAUACCCUGCAGUUAGCAAACAUUUUUUGUGUGAAAUAUUUAUCCUGAAACAUGUCUUAUUUAAAAUAAAUGCCAGCCAUUUUUUUUUCUUCUAAUUGAAAGACAUUCAUUAUUUUUCAGUACGGCUGAAGUAUCCAAACUAUUUUUGGGGGGGCUACUGUAUGCAUUGCACACACAGGAAUUUUUCUAACUAGCAACUGAGAGAGUGGAGGAGGAGGAGGAGGAGAAAAGGGUUAGUGUUUCACGUCCUGCCCUCUGUUCUGUUUCUCCUCCUGCUCCCUGCUUGGAAAGAGGGGGAGGGAGACACAGCUCAACAGUUACUACAGGAAACGGAAGAGACCAAAAGACAGAAGUCAUUUCAAAACCCCAGGGUUGUGCAGAUGAUUCAGUCUGUGUGCAUUUGCAGGGUUCUCCUCCUCCAAAACCGUUAUCAGCCACUCCUUACGUCUCCUGCUGGCUCCUUCUUCUCCUCGUUUCUCUGUUUGUGGCAAACAGCCCCCACCCUGAACACCAGGAGAAGUCUUUUUCAACAAAAAGAGGAGAUGCCCCCUCAGCCACAGGUGAAGAGAAGUUUCCCGGAAUUCCUCAAGAGCUUUAUCGGGAUUGUACGGGUCCUCCAGAUCCUCCUGGGAGCCGGGCUUUGGGUCACCAUCGCAGCCAACAAAUAUGAAGGCUCCAUUCACUAUGUGCUGUUUGUGGCUGUGCUUUUCUGGCUCCUCACAUUAGCCAUCUUCAUCCUCACGCUUCUGGACAAGCAGGACCUCGUUCCCAUCGUCGGAGGAGAACGCUGGUUGUUGAGCAACGCCAUCCACGACGUUGCUGCCACUCUGCUGUAUCUGUCCACCAUUGGGAUCAUGAUCUACAAAACCCAAAAGAACUCCUACUGCAACCUGGACGUCUACAAACAUCACUGCUUGUACAAGGUCUACCUCACUGCCUCCAUCUUCGCCUGCCUCACCGCCAGCGUCUAUCUGCUCUCUGCCAUCUACUGCAGCUACAGGAAAUGUCGAGGUGAGCAGACGGUUGUAUGAAAAAUGACUGCAUCCCUCACACCCUGCAACAGCGAGACCUUUUGGCAAGCUUUUUCUGAGACUUAUAAGUCCUUUUUUUUUUAUCAAAGCAGAGGGUUGGUCCUCUUGUCUCAGGCUUCCAGGUUUGUUGCUUUUUAUACAGUAAUUUAUAGAGCUUUUGUACUGCAGUCACACUUAAGUCUAUUUUACAUUUGUUUGUAUGUUGCUGGAGCUCUCUGUACAAGUAGUUUUUUUUUUUUUUGUAUUGUGUUACUGACAACUCAAAGAGCAGUUUGUUGUUUGGCGAAACCAUGUAUUAUUAUUUUUUUUUUCAUUUGAUAUGACAAAAUGUGUACAUAUGCGUGACUGUUUGAUAAUCCUAGAAUGAAUUGCACUGCAUCAAAGAUCUUUACUUCUUCAGCUUUUAAAGAGGGAAAAUAUUUAAUGCAAGACAAAUCAACUAGUGUAAUAUGUGGUUAUUAACAAACUGUUAUUAAGAAAGAAAUAAAGGACAUGCAACUUAAUUUCUGUGUUUUUUUUAAUGUUUAAAUAAAUGGUUUCCUAAUUAGCUUUGGUGAACUUAGGAAUAAAGGGUGUAAUACACCAGCCAGACCAACAUAUUAUGUACUCUUGUGUUGGUCUUGGGUCAUGUGCAAAGAACAGAGAUGUUGGGACAGCGCUACCCUAUGCAGUCAUGAGUUUUAGGAGGAAUACAGUGCAAGUCCAAACCACAAAUUGUGUGUGAAUGUGUUUCUACAUUUCAGAAUAUUAUGUCAUAACUCAUGAUGCUCUAUGUAUUGGAUGAAAAAUACAGUAAAACUGUAAUAAUGCAAUUACAUACUUAUUACAGUAUAACAAUUUACAGCUAUAUUCAUUUAUUUUUAUUUUUCCAUUACUCUAGUUUCCAGUGUCACAUGAUCCUUAUUUAAAAAAUAAAUAAAUUUAACUACACUAAUCAAAAAUGACAAAGACACUUGUGGUUUUAUAAAAUAUUUCUAUUUCAAACAGAUCCUGCUCUUUUUAACCUUUAUUUUUAGUAAUCACAGAAUCCAAAAAUGCAUCACAAAAAUAUAUUAAACAGCAAAAACAGCAACUUUCAGUACUGAUAACUAGAGCCAUUAUUAAUAAUUAAUAAUAACUGGUCUCCUUUUUGCCAGAGUAGGAUAUUUUCUGCUCAUCAAUGUCAUGCUAGUCUUGAGUAGCUAAACUUUUGACAUACAACAUGAAGUCUGAUCCACUUUCAAGCACAUUCUUUUUUAUGUGAUGUUUAGUUGCAAGUUAUAAAAAAUAUUUUAUUACAAGAAUCACAUCGAUAAUUAUUAAAUUUAUAAAAUUACAAGCAGUGCACAGAAAACCUAAAAAAUCUUUGUUUUUUUUUUAUAAAAUAAUUUACCAUCCAAAAGCAAUAAUUCCAGAUGAUUUAAUAAUUAUGCAAUCAGGUAUCUACUUUACUUGCUUUUAAGUGGCUAAAACAAAACUUUGUGUCUAAAAGUGUCUUUAAAUGUACUUACUCUCUAACCAAAAUGUUGGCAAGUCGAACAUGUAGUUCUGCUUGAGAAGUGUUCAUUGUUUCAACCCAAUUGGAAAAUUGUAUUAGAAAUUGCAUCAUGUUUUUUAUUAUCACUCUAGCAACAGAGUAAAAUAUGGUAGAGUGCGCCAGACAAUAUGAAUUGUAUUUGUAUUUAUAUGUUGGAAUGGGCCAUUGGCACAUACUCACCAUGAAAUAUUGAAAGAUUAAGAAUGCAUGGACACAUUUGUACAACAUUCUCUACAAACACAGGCAGGUUAUGAAGCUAAAUAAAUAAUGUAUAAUGAUUCAUAUAUGGCCAGAUGUGAGGUCAACAAAUGAUCAUUCAACAGGAAUCAUGCAAUAUGGUUGCCCAGCUUUCAUUAUUACAGAUGGAUCAUGAUUUGUGGCAAAUGCAGGAAGCAGCAGGACUGAAACACACAGAUGUCAUUAACUGAUGAAAACCAUGUAAAAUAUUACUGUAUGUGGGCCAAGACUGUAACAAAAAUGGCUUUGUAGUCAUGACUCGAAUACAAACUGUCAAAUAAAGCUAUUUAGAGACUGA